AGUCUUGGGCAACUUAUUCAGCAUGUGGUUGUCUGGGGCCAAUCUAGUGAGAUAAUCUGAUACCUCAACACAAAAAGGAAGACAGUUUGAGUGAAUAAUUUGGGUUUUAGGACAUUUGAAGACAGAGAUCCAAUUGUGAGGUAGACUUUUUGCGGGUCUUCAUUUAUCUGAGAAAGAGACAAUAUUACAGGAACCCCACAUCCCAUUAAAUGGAAAACCAGUUUCGGCUAGGUUUUCUUGUAAUUUCCUUUCAGGCAUGUCUGAGGAUUAAUCCAGUGGGACGUAUUUAUCACUUUAGAUAAAUGGUGCUGCGAGAAUGCUUGGUUAUAUUAUUUUUAGCCUUGAUCAGGGUUUGAACCAAUCCUUUCCUUCCUUUUUAAAUGACUGAAUGAUAGAGUGUUUCACAGUAGGAGAGUGAAUUGAUCAUUUAGUCUGCUCCAUGGCUUUGUAAUUGUAUCACAGUCUCAAGGCUGCUUGCUGUCAGUUUCCUUCUUCAUCCAUUAUGUUGGGGUCUGGGUGACAGCUUUUUUCCUCCAAAGGGGCAUAAUGCAGUGUUUGGAUGGAAGGAAAAUAAAGUGUUAUUUUAAACUUGCUGUUUUAAUAUCUCUAAGGUGCUGCUCUCUCUUUUUCCUUUGUGCUGCUCCAUGAGUUCUUAUUACACUGUAUGGAGACCACCCUUGUCUAGAAAGGGAAUUGAAUUCUGAAAGCUUCAGAGGGGGUUAAAAACCUUUCAGAAUUUUUCUUUGACUGCUGAGGUCUUUACUUGUGGUUACAUUGCCUUAUGAGUUUUAUGCAUUGAGCUCUUAAUUCUGUUACCAAAUGUGAACUUAGAAAAUUCUUUUGCGUUUCCCAUGUGGCCUGUUAACCUCAAGCUUCUUGGGGGAACAUCUUAGUUUUCUUCAGCUCUGACGGGGCUCUGGUGCUUCAUGAAAGAAUGUUGCAUAUUCUUGUUUAGAAAAAAUUCUGGCAGCCGAAAUCCUGAAUCAGAAUGUUCUUGUGUGUCACUCAUUUAUGGUUCCAAAAGGGGAGCUGUAAGAAGACCGAGGAGGUGUGGACCAAGACUCUCAUUUAAUUGCACAGUUUAAAACUUUGCUACCAGAAAAGGCGGCUCCACCCUUAGACUUCAGUGUUGGACUCUAAGUGCUGCAUUUCAGUGCACUUUUUGUUUACUUGUUUGUUUUUGUAACAGGGUAUGCACUACUGGGUCAUGUGCACAGACAUUGUAACUCUUGAGAUCUUUACCGCAUCAUAAUUAAUAAACUUCUUUGCACUUUCUGGCUACUUUUUGGUGUAUAUCUACAUAUGAGAUGAGAGCUGUCUUGUUAAACAGAAAUGGGGUGGCUCGUGAUUUUCAGCAUCAAGCAAACAUUCAUCUCUGAAUUGUACACCAGUGAGAACCUGCAUAGAUUCAGGGGUAUGCUGGAGCCAGCUCACACCAUAGGAGCUGAUAGUUAAAUUUUUAGGGAUUUUGCAAGCUAGUUGUUAACCUGUUGGUGGCUUGAAAUAGGCCAUGAUGGAAGUAUUUACUCAAUUGCUGUCUUACCAGCCCACCAAGUCUUAAGAACCAUGCAACAUUGUCCUGGAGAAGAGCAAGCAUUCAACAACUUUUCAAAUGAUACAGGACAGGUUCCCCCCAAAAUGUCUGCCCAUGUGUAAGUCAAGCCAGUGCAGGUAAGGUUGAAGCCAUGUGCACUGAACCCUUUUUUUUUGGCUGUGCCCAUGGCAUGUGGAAGUGCCCGGACCAGGGAUGGAAUCCGCACCACAGCUGCGGCUUGAACCACAGCAGUGACAAUGCUGGAUCCUUAAGCUGCUGAGCCACCAGGGAACCCCUGAGAACACUUAUUUUGAAGUGGUGACUUCAAAGCAAAUGAUACCUUGAAGUAUAGAAGCUUUGAGUCCUUUUCUAGGAUGUCCAGGUUGCCCGAGGGAUUCUCUGGGGGGAAUAUAAUGCUGUUUGUAUUCUAGAAAUUCUGCUCUCACAGCCAUCAGAGGAAAUUGACUCGUAAUCGUUGUGUCAGGGUGGUGAGUUGGAGGGCUGAGCAGGUGUAUCUUUGGUGGUAGGGAUUGGGUGAUUACCUGGCUCUAUUGUCCCUCUGUGAUAAGAGGGGGAAAAAAUGAGAGGCUGUGACAUUUUAGAUACAGAGCAAAACGUUUUGUGUUAAUCUGCAGUUUAUUGUAUUUUGUUUACAGGAGGCUGAUUUCUUUCUCAGCGGGAGUUUGCCUGGGACCAUUCAAGAUCCCACCCCAGGAGAGUUUGUAAUCUGGGAGGGGAGAUGACACCUGCAGGGGUCUGGAACAUGAGGCUCUCCUCACUAAGAUUGAAAAGUUGAGAGCAGCAUGUUUUACCCACUGAAAAUCAUCCUGAUGCCAGUGUUACUGGGUUAUUCCUUGGGCCUGAAUGACUUGACUGUUUCCUCUGUGGAGCUGACAGUCCACGUGGGUGAUUCAGCCUUGAUGGGAUGUGUCUUCCGGAGCACAGAAGAGAAACGUGUGACAAAGGUGGACUGGAUGUUCUCAUCAGGAAAGCACAUCCAGGAUGAUUAUGUGCUGUUCCAUUAUGCCAACAUCAGCGUGCCUGUGGGGCGCUUCCAGAAUCGUGUGCACUUGGUGGGGGACAUCUUACACCAUGAUGGUUCUCUCCUGCUCCAAAAUGUGGAAGAAGCUGACCAGGGAAACUAUACCUGUGAAAUCCGCUUCCAAAUGGAGAGCCUGGUGUUCAAAAAAGCAGUGGUGCUGCAUGUACUACCAGAGGAACCCAAAGAGCUCAUGGUUCAGGUGGGUGAUUCGAUCAAGAUGGGAUGUGUUUUCCAGAGCACAGAAGAGAAGCAUGUGACCAGGAUAGAAUGGAUGUUCUCAUCAGGAGAGCACGCCCAGGAGGAGAUUGUGUUGUCCUAUGACCCCAAACUCAACGUGCCCAUGGGGUCCCCUCGGAACUGGGACCGCUUCCAAAACCGUGUGAACCUGGUGGGCGACAUUUCCCGCAAUGAUGGCUCCAUUAUGCUCCGAAGAGUGAAGAAGUCUGAUGGAGGAAGCUAUACCUGCAGUAUCCACCUGGGGAACCUGACAUUCAGGAAGACCAUUGUGCUGCAUGUGAUCCUGAAAGAGCCCCGAACGUCGGUGGCCCCAGUCAACCUCGGAUCAGAGAUCCUGGGCGGUAAUCAGCUGGUGAUCAUUGUGGGGAUUAUUUGUGCCACUAUCCUGCUGCUUCCCGUUCUGAUAAUGAUUGUGAAGAGGACCCAUGGGAAUAAGAGUUCAGCGACAUCCAUGGCCCUGGUCAAAAGCCUGGAGAACAAGGAGACGGCUCAUCUAGAGAAACAUAUCUACUCCUCAAUAACCACACAAGACGUGAUCGACGAAGCAGAAUCAGGUGGGAAAUCAGAAGCCACCUACAUGACCAUGCACCCAGUUUGGCCUUCCCUGAGGUCAGCACCAGGCAGCCCACUUGACAGAAAGUCAGCUGGGGGAAUGCCAAAAACUGAGCACGCCUUUUGAGAAGAAAGGGGAGUUUCCUUUGUUCUUGUCCCUGACAGAGACGCUCCUUCCUCUGUGUCCUGAGUCCAUGUACCAGUUAUUUCGGAUCCCCCUGCCCUCCCAGUCAUCCUCCCGCACCCCCCUGCUUGGGCGAAGGGCUGAAAUGGAGGUUUGAAGCCUGGCAGAGGGACAGGACAGCGCUGGAGGAACAGGCCCUGAUUAGGGGGAGUGUGGACUUGGUCCCUCUGAAGUGGGACUGGCCCUGGGGACCCUGGCUGAGCUGGCAGUGGCCUCAAGCACUCCAUUGGGUCAGACCCUCUGCUUGGAUGGUGCUUUGUGUGGCUGGUUGGAGGGAAGAAUCACAGAGAUAAAAACCAACCCAAAUGAUUCCUGUGGCAAAUUAUCCAAAAAUAAAUGUGGUUUGUGGAAAUCA